AUGCGAUUCUUCCUCGAAUCCACUUUGUUUCUGGCCGCCCUCUCGCCCGUCAGUGCGGAGCGCGUGCUGGGUGCCUAUGUCUUCGCACGUCAUGGGGAUCGCACGCCCAAAGUAUUUGGCAACACUCGAUUGACCAACCUGGGCUACCGUGAGGUCUUCGAUGCGGGGUCGUACUAUCACAACCGCUACAUCGUAGCGGACUCGCCCCACCGAAUCGAAGGAAUCGACGAGAAGGUCGUAAACGCCAAACAGAUCAGUGCGUCGGCCCCGUCGGAUGCAGUGCUGCAGAACUCGGCAACGGGCUUCCUGCAGGGCGUGUACCCGCCUGCCCGUAAUGCAGCCUCGGAGACCCUGGCCAACACCACCACGGUCGAGGCGCCAUUGGAUGGGUACCAGCUGAUCCAGCUGUCCCCCAUCUCCUCGGGCAAAAACAGUGAGGAUGCUACCUGGCUGCAAGGUGCAAGUGACUGCCAGAGGGCCGGGCUCAGCAGCAACAACUACUAUACCUCCGACUCUUACAAUGCGCUCCUCAAGUCCACCAAGGACUUCUAUCAGUCAUUGUCCCCCAUGCUGGACCGGGCCUUCACCUCGUCCCAGAUGACCUUCAAGAAUGCUUACACCAUUUUCGACUAUCUGAACGUCGCCUCCAUCCACAACGCCACCAAAGACUUCCCGCACAAGUCAGACCUGACGGAUGAGGUGUACCGGCAAUUGUUGGCGCUGGCCAGCAACCAGCAGUACAACCUGGCUUAUAACGCCUCUGAUCAGGUCCGCGCGAUUGAAGGCGCUGUUCUGGCCGGCGAGAUCCUAUCUGGUCUCAAUGAUACCAUCACCUCGCAGGGCAAGUCCAAGUUGAAUGUGCAGUUCGGGGCGUAUGGUACCUUUCUCUCCUACUUUGGGCUGGUACAACUGCCUGCAGCGUCGGUCAACUUCACCGGCAUCCCGGACUAUGCGUCCUCCAUGUCCUUGGAGCUCGUAACUAAUUCCCCCGGCAAGGAUUUCCCCGCGCCCUCGGAGAUCGGCGUGCGCUUCAUGUUCCACAAUGGGACUAUCACCGGCUCGGACAAGCCCACCGUCUACCCGCUCUUCGGCCAGUCCAAGACCCUUCUCCCUUGGAAUGACUUUGUGUCUGAAACCAAGAAGAUUGCCGUGGUCUCCGACGAAAAAUGGUGUCAGGUGUGUGGCAACACUGAAGGCAAGUGUGCCGCUCCCUCGAGCUCCCACUCGGGCUCCGUCGACACAUCUACCGCUGGUGGUUCCGGCGGCAUGUCGCGCGCCGUGGCGGGCGUGAUUGGCGCCAUGGUGACGCUGGCGGUGAUUCUCGGUCUGGAGGCCUUGUUCUUCCUUGUCGGUGGAUUCCGUAUUGCGAAGCGACGCAAGGCUGGCUCAGAAGUGGAGGUUCCUACGGUGAUGACUGAGGACAAGAAGUCAUAA